AUGGCAUAUGAAGAUGCACCCGUUCGCCGAGACUGGCUGGACAGCUCUGGUGUAUACGAGCGCCAUAGUACGAAGACGAAUGCAUUCGGUGCGACCGGCGCUUCUGAGAAACGACUAGCCGUAUACAACAUGGCGACAAGCUACAACCAUGAACGACCAACAUCAGGACAUCUUACACUUGUCGAAGACAUUCGGGGCUUAGGGUCAAUGUCGCCCAUACCGCAAGGCGAGGAGUAUUGUGGCAUCGAGUUCCAGGAUGCGGUGAGAGAAUGCCAGCCUGAUGCCACCAACUCUAGAUCGGAUAACCCGUGGAGUCCAUGGCAUCCGUUGGGCUUCCAUGAGGUGACGGAAGACCAACGGAUGUUUGCUCCUGAUGAAGAGAGCUAUGGUCAACCAUGCCCGUUCCAACUCCGGUUAGAAAGUUCGUUCGAGUCUGCACCGAACCAAUUCGAUGAGGACGAUUCAGGUUAUGCAGAAUCCCCUGCGGAGGUAUCUGAUCAACCGACCCACAGCAAUACUUCCAAGUAA